UUUUGAUCACUGAAUAUUAAUUAAUUUGAUAAUUACUCAAAUUGAACAAGACUGAGGAGCUGAAAACUUGGUUGGCAAGAAAAGGCAACUGAUAAUUGUUCUAUAAGUACUGUAAACCCCAGUGAACCAAACCCAAAUCAUUCAGUAGAAGGAAGAAAAGAAAAGAUGAGUGAAGAAGUGAAGUUGUUGGGACAUAAGGCCAGUCCUUUCACCUGUAGGGUAAUUAUUGCCCUAAAAAUGAAAGGUAUCCCGUAUGACUAUAUCGAAGAGGAUACCUCUAACAAGAGUCCUUUGCUUCUGAAAUCAAAUCCGGUCCACAAGAAAAUCCCUGUCCUCAUUCACAACGGGAAACCAAUUGCAGAGUCUCUUGUCAUCGUUGAAUACAUCGAUGAAACAUGGAAACAAAACCCAAUCCUGCAUCAAGAUCCUUAUGACAGAGCCAUGGCUCGUUUUUGGGCCAAGUACAUCGACGAAAAGUGUAUGAUGACUUUGUGGACUGCUUACUGGAGCGAAGAGAAUGGGCGAGAGAAGGCGGUGGAAGAAGCCAACGAAUGUCUGAGAACAAUGGAGAAUGAGGUGAAGGGGAAGAGAUUCUUCGGAGGAGAAAAAAUCGGAAUGGUGGAUAUAGCGGCUUGUUUCUUUGGGUUAUGGGUUGAGGUUAUUCAAGAAAUUCGUGGGUUGGAAUUGCUGACGGCUGAGAAAUUUCCCAGAUUAUUUGAGUGGAGUCAAGGGUUUGUCAAUUGUGAUUUGAUCAAACAAUGUCUGCCUGAGAGAGAAAAUCUCGCCGCAAUAUUCAAAGCUCGAUAUGGAUCAAGAACCACCUCCACUGCACCCUCUUCAACUCAAGAAGCUCAAUAAAGUAACCAGAAAUUAUCAAGAGUCAGCAACAUGUUUGUUUGAUUUCUAUUUAAAUUUACAAGUACAUAUUCGUCUGUUUGGAUUUAAAUCAGAAUAAAUAAAAUGGGCUGGAUCUAGAAAUCUAGCCCAAAAUGUCCAAUUUAGGAUCCAUAUAUCUUACUUCAGAUCCUAAAAUAAUUUUGGAACUUGUGUGCAUAUAUAUAUAUAUAUAUGUGUGUGUGUGUGUUUCUCAGUAUGCCAAAGGAAUAAAGACAGCUUUGAGAUUUA